AAUGUCUGCACUUCAAUUUUGGCGGCAGUGAUUGGCAAACGUUAGUAAUGCUGGUUUUGCGCUGUCUCGGACAAAGUCAUACUCAGGAAUACUAUAGUCUAGCCCUACUGGACAGCAAGCUGCAGGUGUUAUUGGCAGCCCUGAGGUCCCGUCAAUCUGCUGACAGUGCUGCCAACCUGUGGCAACUGCUGACCGCGUUUCAUUGUGAAUCACCUCAUAGCUUCAUGGGAAUCAGUAUCACACGUAAUACAGUACUCUGCCUCAACAAGAUGUUAAGCCUUACUCAGGACUGGGAGGGGGAGUGUGAGCCCAACAUAAGGUGGCUGUUGCAUGAGGGAGGACUGUGCUCCAGUGGUGAUGUUGUCGUACGAGCUGCUGCCCUCAAUCUCUUGUCAGGUCUGGCUUUGACACCUCGUGGAGCUGUUACACUGCUUGAUACUUGCCCUGACAUCAUUCACUUUACCAUGCGAACAGUAGUGGACCAUUGUGAGGCCAGUGUUGUCCGUGAAUAUGCUGCUAAACUGUUGACAAACAUCAACAAGCAUUCCAUUUGUAAGGAAAUGAUGGUGUCUGCCAGAGAUGUAAACUUGUUCCAAGAGUUUCGUGAGUCAGUGAAUCUUGUAGCUCUUGCAGCUGUUCAAUCACACCUAGAGCAGAGUACUGGGAUGUUACAUACUGACCCGAGGUUUGUCAAAGCAGGCUGCUGGCUUCUCACUAAUCUCCUGGUGUCUGCAGUGGAUGAGAUGCUUCCAUCUGUGUCCUCCAGUGGGCUGACAACAGCACUGUGCAGAACUCUGCAGAGCAUUGAUAGACUAAUGUCUCCGGAGAUAGUGAGCUUGGCUGCAGCAGUGUGCAGACUUUUGGUUGUGUGCUGCGAAGCUGGCUGUGACAUUGCGCAGCUACCUGACUGUGCAGCUGCAAUAAUGAGCUUCUUGGACCCUGACAGUUUUGAUUUUGAUCCCGCAGAGUCUUCAGAGGAGGUCCAGUCACUUUGGCAGGAGACACUGAGGCUGCUGAGCUAUGUGUUGGGCUUUAUGGGUGCUGAGGUAAUCCUCAACUCUGCCUCUGUCACUGUGCUGAGUCAAUGUAUUGCUAUUGUCGACCCUCAGUGCACUUCUCUUCGACUUACCGCACUACAGGCUGUACCUGCUCUAGCCACAUCUCUUACACCAAAUUCAGAAGCUGUCCUGUGUGAGAGUCUGGUAGCCCAGUGGGACAGAGUGAAGGGCAAGGCUAGGCCAGCUCUGUUGGCAGCACUGACAGCUCUGUUAGGACACUCCAGUUUUGCCACUACAACAGCACUCUCCCUGGGACUUGUGGCCUCAGUCAUCACCAGACUCAGAGAGCUUCACCUCACACUCACCAUACAGACCUCCUCUACUGACAAACUCGCUAAGAAAGACCCUCGGAUGGUUGAGAUGCUGCAUCUAGUACAGCUGUUGUCAGCAGCGUUGUACCACAGUGGUGUAGCACGGCGUGAGGCUGCCACUCACGGUGCUGCAGACACUCUACACAAGCUGUGGGCCUGGUGUCAUGCUGAUGACAAGUAUCUCAUAGCUACACUCAACUGUCUCAUCACCUUCACAGCUGACUGCCCCCUAGCUGCAGGUUCACUAGUGCUGACAAGCACAACGCCUGGCACUGGUCAGCGCAGAUCCCCCACAGCCCACUCCCUGGCACAUGCAGUCAUCACCAUGGUCACCAAGGAACGUCACAGUGACGCAGUGACUGGCUGUGCUCUCACACUGCUCAGACACUGCUGUCAGUCCCAGGACACACGCAACGUUAUUAGCAAGAGUGGCCUUCUCUCCAAGUGGUCAGAUUUAUUGUCAGACCGACGCCAAAACAUUGAAGAAGUUCAAGAACUUUGGUUUAAGUUUAUACUCACUUUUACAUUCUAUCCCGAGGGCCAAUUGUCUCUACCUAAAACUGGGGAACUGUUCACUCAGCUGGUUAUGAAUGUUGAGAGUAGUCAAGCUAGAAGCCGAGGCAGAGCUGUAGCAAUCCUGCGUAACUUGGCGACUCACAACUCCAACAAACCUCGACUCCUCAGCAACAAGCGUCUACUGCAGGCAUUGGGGGAGGUUCUGCUGAGUGGAGAGGAGAGAGAACAACAAGAUGUGGCACUGAUCGUGUGGUCCCUAGCUGCCAACAGUCAGAAGGCCAAGGUAGCACUGCGCAGUGUGGGUCUAGUCCAACGACUUACUCUGGCCUCGGCUACAGCGAAUGACAAACAUGUCUUCUCUCUGGUGAUAGACCUACUCCAGCAGGGAUGACAUCAGUUUUACUCUAAAUGCACACUGUGAUUUUUUUGUAUGGUAGUUUUUAUUUUUGUAUUUAUUUAAAAGAUAUAUAAUUAAUUAUAUUUUUAC